UCACACCCUACUCCGAAGCAAACCCCAUUACGGUCUUCCCCAGCAAGUGGGCCCAGCCUGCUCAGCAUGAGGAGGAGACCCCCGUGCGCCUCCGCUUCUCCCGCCUCUCCAAACAUGCCACUGCCCCCUCUAAGGGGUCGGCCCAGGCUGCUGGCUAUGACUUCUACAGUGCCUAUGAUUAUACAAUACCAGCCAUGGAGAAAGCCCUUGUGAAAACCAUUCAGAUUUCUCUUCCUCUUGGCUGUUAUGGCCAAGUUGCUCCAUGUGCUGGCUUGGCUACAAAAUACUUCAUAGAUGUAGGAGCUGGUGUCAUAGAUGAAGAUUACAGAGGAAAUGUUGGUAUAGUGCUAUUUAAUUUUGGCAAAGAAAACUUUGAAGUAAAAAAGGGUGACCAGAUUGCACAGCUAAUUUGUGAAUGGGUUUUUUAUCCAGAACUUGAAGAAGUCCAAGGUUUAGAUGACCCUAAACGUGGAUCAGGAGGUUUUGGUUCUACUGAUCAAAACUAA